UUCUGGAAAGAUGACACAUCUCUGAAUGGUAUCCGUCUCCACUGCACUGAUGGCAAAGCAAUAGAGUCUACCAGUGGAUUGUGAGUGGCAUUUUUGCUUUCUCUUCCUUUAUAACUUUGUUGCUUGGGAGUUUGGGGUAGGAGAAGGAGGGGUAGUUUCACUGGCAUACGGAGGGGGGAUGGGGGAGCUCACCGGCCCGGGCAGCAUUUGGGGAAAGGGUGCCACCCCCCGGUAUGCGCGCUGCACCCUGUGGGCAACAUGCUACGCCCCUGGGACGUGCGCCAGCCACGCCCCCACCUGUUCUCCACUCCAGGGCCUGCAGCAUGUUGCUCUGCCACUGGGUAGUUUGAAUUAUUUCAUGCUAGAUUAAAGGCAAUGGUAAUUUGGACACACUCCAAAACUGUCACAGAAUUUAACUGGAAAAUAUACAUGCCUACACAAAGGUAAGUCCCACUGUGUUUAGUGGAACUUACUGCUAGGGGUAGUUUGCCCAACUCCAUGUUUGUGCUCUUGUCUCAGCGACAUCUAUGCUGGCUUGGUCAUGUAGACAGAAUGGAAGAUGGCAGGUUUCCCAAGGAUGUGCUCUUUGCAGAGCUGGCUUCAGGCACCAGACUUGUUGGCAGACCAACUCUGUGUUACAUGGAUGUCUGCAAAUGUGGCCUGAAGGCUGGCAACAUCAACCCCACCAUAUGGGAAUCCCUUGCAGAUGACCAUGCUGCCUGAAGGCAGACAGUCAGUUUGUGCAUCCAUAGCAGUGACCAGAAAGGGAAUGACCACUGGGAGGAGCGCAGAAAGAAGAAACACCAUGGAGCAUCUGCAUCGCCACAACCGGAUGCUUUCAUUUGCCCCAGCUGCAGUAAGACGUAUCUUGCCCUUAUUGGUCUCUACAGCCACAGCAGGCCCUGUAACCUUCCAACAGGCAGCAGUGGAGGAGAAAUUCAGUUUGGCUCACAUUUGAAAGCGAAGCUACUUUAUUCAUCCUUUCUGAAACAAUACGCAAACCAAAACACAGCUAUCCUGUGAAAUUCAUGCUUCUUCAGAUUUUGCAGUACAGUUCUCCAGGCAAGUAAUGUGUACUGAAAUGCACAUACUAGGGUAGAGUGUGUGUAAGGUAAAAUGUAAAGGUAAAGAACCCCUGGACGUUUAAGUCCAGUCAAAGGCGACUAUGGGGUGAGGUGCUCAUCUCACUUUCAGGCUGAGGAAGCCGGCGUUUGUCCACAGAUAGUUUUCCGGGUCAUGUGGCCAGCAUGACUAAACCACUUCUGGCGCAAUGGACACCAGAGCAUACGGACACUCCGUUUAUUUUCCUGUCACAGCGGGACCUAUUUAUCUACUUAUCUACAGAGCAACGGGAGCUCACCUUGUCGCACGGAUUCAAACUGCCAACCUUCCAACUAGCAAGCCCAAGAGACUCAGUGGUAUAGCCCACUGUUUUAUUACAACCCAGUCAUAUAUACAUAGUUUCUUAGUUAAAUAAGAAGAAUUGCACUGAAAUCCUCACAGAUCUUUCAUGACGCCUUUAAAAAAAUACCGUAAUUUUCAUUCUAUAAGACACACCAGACCACAAGACGCACCUAGUUUUGGGAGGAGGAAAACAAGAAAAAAAAUAUUCUGAAUCUCAGAAGCCAGAAUAGCAAGAGGGAUCGCUGUGCAGUGAAAGCAUCAAUUCCUCUUGCUCUUCUGGCUUCUGGGAUAGCUGCGCAGUCUGCAUUCGCUCCAUAAGACGCACGCACAUUUCCCCUUACUUUUUAGGAGGGAAAAAGUGAGUCUUAUAGAGCAAAAAAUACGGUAAUUAAAAACUGACAUGAGAACUUAAAGACUGGAAAAAUUAUGAAAUGGAGAGAAACCAGAACUGAUAGGUUCACUUAUCUCUACUUAAUCCCAGGUAAAUAAGUUCAGAUGAGGCUUCACAGUGCUAGUUCUGUGUUGGUCUAUGUUUCUGACACAAUGCAGCAAAACCCCAAACAUUGUUAAAAUAAAGAAGCAGACAGAGAAAGAGAAAGAGACUCAGUAUAAAACGCCAAUUACAAAGGAGGCAGAAUUCCAUCCAGAAGAAUGGUAAAUGCCAGUGCAAAUGGAGACUAAAUACUUGCAAUAUGGAACCAAUAUGGGUAGUUUUGUGUUUAUAUCUAAUCCCAGAAGUAACUCCUCACCCCCAGAAGGCCACAGGAAGAGAAUAUUGUGCAUGCAUGCAGGGGAAUGUUAUAAUAACUGAGUAGGCUAUGAAUUUUGCUCUAAUUUGGAAUCAUUUCUUCAGAAGACAGAUCUGUAAGUUUAUGUUUCUGACAAAGGGCAGUGUAUGAACUUUAAUUUGGACAUUGCCGUCGUUGUCUUUUCUUUUUACAGGCUUGGAUCAUGGAGUGAGAUUGAGAAAUGCAAAAGAGGCAACCUGGUGUCCUUUUCUAUGAGUGUGGAACCACCACAAGGGAUAUUUGAUGAUACGGCAGCCAAUAACAUUCAUUUCAUGUGUGAUGAUGGGUCUACACUGAAGGGCAAGUCUCCAUCCUGGGGGAAUUUUGGCCCCUGGAGCAGCAACUGCACUACGGGCUUCAUAUGUGGCAUCCAAACAAAGGUGGAAGAUAACCAAAACAGUUCUGAUAUGACAGGACUUAAUGAU